AUGGACUAUCGUGGCAGUAGGGGAAACAGUGGCAACCGAGACCAGGACCAUCGGGGCUUCCGAGACGGCGGCCGCCGCAGUCGUGACAGCCACAGGCGCCACAGGCGUGGCAGGCAUGAUGGCCGUGGCCCAGACCGGGACGGGCGACGCUCUCAUAACACUGUGCCUCGGGCGGCCUAUCCACCCGGCCAGCGCGAGAAGCUUCGCGAAGAUGCCAAGCAGACGCUUCGCAUCUUGCCCACCAUCCUCGAGGCGCUGGGAACCUCCGCUAGAGCUUCCGCCGUGGUCAAGCAUGACCCGUGGUCGCUGCGCCCUCUGGACCCAAGCUUGUGCCCGCGGCUUGCCCGGCCAGCCACCAUUCGCGUGCUGAACAGCGAUACGAUCAAUGCUGCGCUCGGUCUGCAGCGUUUUACACACGCCCAACUCCUGUCCGACAAACUCGUAACAGCAACGCCAACGCCCCUGCGCCCACCGCUGGUUGUCAACUUUGCCAGCCACCACUCGCCUGGCGGUGGCUGGCGCAACGGCGCGCUGGCACAGGAGGAGGCUCUGUGCUACCGCAGUUCACUGUCUCUCAGCCUCGAUCGUGAUCUGUACCCACUGGGACGUGAAGACAUUCUAUACAGCCCGUACGUGCUCGUCAUGCGCAGUGACCGGGCAUCAGGACACAAAGUGAUGGUGCCGGAAACGCGGCCAAGAGAACUCCCCAUCAUGAGUGUUGUCUCUGUGGCCGCACUGAAACAACCAGCCCUGCGCAAUGUCCCUGCCGACGGCAGCCGUCCUAGUGACAGCGGAAGUGGUGGCUCCCAAGGCACAGACGACUGGUCGGCCUGGGCCACGCAGAGCUCAGGACCUAGCCCACCUCUUGCGGUGGUGCCGGCAUCAAGCCCCCCAUCAUCUAUUUCUGGCGAUUCUACAAUAUCGUGGUCGCCGUCCCAGGGCGCCUCUGUACCCACCGGCCCACUAUCAGAGUACACAUCACAACCGUCAUCACCAAAGGCGUCAUCUCAGUCACAGGCGCAACAGCUGCGUUCACAAUCUGCGGACCUCGAUAGAUCGGACGGUCAACACUCAAGCCCCAGGGGCGGUGAAUUUGUUUCUUAUGCAAACGCGGCGGGAACCGUCACACAGGCAUCGACACGCCCCGAGACACGCUCUUCGCCACCGAGACCACCGCCCCGCCAGGAGCGGGGUGGUGAGAAGACUCUCUUUGCCUACGAAACCGACCGCUUCCUCACCAAGCUCAAGAUGCGUCUGAUCUUGCGCGCUGCAGCCCAAGCCAGGCACCGCCAGCUCGUUCUCGGCGCUCUUGGCUGCGGCGUCUACGCCAACCCGCCCGAGGAGGUCGCGCAAUUCUGGCUCGAGGUUCUGCGGGAACCGGAGUUUGCCGACGCUGGUCACUGGUGGCAGGACAUUGUUUUUGCCGUAUACGACGGCCAGCUCUCCCAGAGUGGGCAGAUGGACCUGGGCACGCAACCAAACACGACCAACUAUGCCGUUUUUCAUGGUAUUUUGGACGGUCAGCAAGUGUAA